AUGCCGCGUUACUCCGACUUGUUAUCCCUAGGUUGGGAUGUUGAUUACCGACUCUCAUAUUUCGUUGAAGAUCCCAAAGAAUCCCGCGGUGUCCUCGGCUACAAUGAGGCUCUAAUUGUGGGCAGUCUGCCUUUGCAGUUCUUCUCACAAGUAAACUGGAAAGACUGCAGCCUGGAUGUCUUCAUCCAGAGUGGCAUCAAAGCUGAUGCAAUCUCCGAUUACUCCCAAAACGAAGGCUAUGGCAGCCAGGAGCCUUGCAUAUUCUAUGGUCAAGAAUACGAAUUCGAGAUGACACCAUGGGUCAAGGACGAAAACAUCAAGGUCAACAUAAUUUCCGCGGACUUCAUGUCUCUUUGGGCAUUCUUCGAAGGUCCUGCUUUCUCAACAGCCAGCUCUUGUUUCAUCACUUCCGAUGCGGCAUACUGUCUAUUUCCGGAGUACACUUACGGCACCCAAAAGCUCAAGUGGGCGCAAGACCUGGAAUCUGCACAAGAAUCUCUUCUGCCAAUUUUCCGCAAACAUGUCGCAAGAGGCUGGUGUCUCAAUGAACAAUCGGUCGAACAAGGAUCAGACAUCAAUCAGGAAUUCGAAGACACGGUCAAAGAUCUUGGAGGACCACGAAGAAUUGGCGAUGAAAAGACUUGGGUGGUUCCACUCGAUUGCACCGGCAUCCCUCGCGCCGAGAUGAACAGAACCGUGGUUGAGCGAAACACUUUUCAAGUCCAGGUCAAGAUGACCGAAGACGGUUCGGGUGUGUUCGUCAGAUUCGAGACACUUGAGUUCCAGUGCUGUAUCCUCGAGCACAGGUACACGUUCGAUGCCGCGCCCGAAGGUCAAGAUGACUUCCACGAGUAUCUACGUUACGUCCUAUGUCGCAGAGCCGCUGUCCAGAUACAAAAGCACAUUGACGAAGGAACCUUCACUCUGAAGAAGGUUAAUUACCGUCAGGCCCUGGCCAAAAUGGCCACCGCAACUGAGACAAAGAUGGAAGGAAAGGGAUGCAAUGAGCGUUGUCACCUACUUGACUCACGCUCUACCAAAGGAGGUUUCAUCGUACCCGAGGGAUGGGAGUAUCAUGACAACCUGAUCCCAGAGAUUUGGGCCGAGUGGCUGAAGGCAUACAGCCGCGACCAUGGUAUCAUCACCAACAUCCAGGAGGAAAACGAUGAGGACGAGGCUUAA